AAAAAUAUUCAAGUCUCCGUGUAACGCUGGUCGCACGGCCAAGGUGCACUGCGUGCAAGAGAGUGAAGGGUUAAAACCACCGAUUUUUCCCUCUUUCUCUCUCUUCCCCCCUCUCCUCUCCUCCUUUCAGGGGAGGGUCUGCAAAACCAUUGGAUCCUUAAGAGGUGACGUACCCUAUAUGAAAACCUAAUAACUAGUUGAGAAGCUGCAACAACUUUGGAAAAAGGCGUGUGGGGAGAGAGCGUGUGGAUGUGCUACAAAGUUGCCGAGAGGAAGGAGAGGGCAGCGUCUGAGUAAUUCUACGGUUCUGGAGCGCUGGUCAUUUUAACCAGGCAGCAGCAAGGAGAGAGAGGGAAAGAUGGUUCAGCAAACUGCAGGGAUUGAGACGGAAAGCAGUUUGUCCCGGGAAGCCACGGAUUGCGAGGAGAAUGAGUUUAUUGCCUGUAGCCCCUCGGCGACUUGCGACGGGACGGACGAGCGGGACCCGGACUGGUGCAAGACGGCGAGUGGUCACAUUAAGCGUCCGAUGAACGCCUUCAUGGUGUGGUCGAAGAUCGAAAGGAGAAAGAUCAUGGAGCAAAGUCCUGACAUGCACAACGCCGAGAUCUCCAAGCGGCUGGGCAAGCGCUGGAAGAUGCUGAAGGACGGUGAGAAGAUUCCGUUCAUUCGGGAGGCAGAGAGGUUGCGGCUCAAGCACAUGGCUGAUUACCCCGAUUACAAGUACCGACCCCGCAAGAAGCCCAAAACCGAGGCGGGCAGGCAGCAACAGCAGCAGCACAACCUCUCGCCCGACAAGACUCAGAACAAGAGCGCCAAGCACUCUGCGAAGAAAUGCAACGCUGGCGGCAAAAUCAAACCUCACAGAUCCUCCUCCUUCUCUCAGGGUAAGUCAUGUGGCGAGCAGCCGUGCGAGGACUUCGUCUUCGGCAACCUGAAGGGUAACAAGACGGUGAGAAGCGUCUUCGGCAGGGGCAGUCAGGACGCUCUGCAGGGCAGGCUGCACGGAGGCGGAGGAGGAGAGGAGCCGAGCCCCAGGCGGGCCAGCGUGGCCGCCGUGCCGGCCAGCCCGACUCUGGGCUCGGCGGCCGAGUCACUGGAAGGGGCCAGCAUGUACGAGGAACUGGCCGCUGGCUGUGGCUGCCCAUCGGGCAGGGGCAACAGUCGAGCCGAGUCGUCAGAAACAAAACAAGGUAGCAGGAGGUGCGCCCAGCCUAGAGCAAGCUCACCCGGCUCCAGCCGCUCGGGUUCCUGCAGCUCGGGCGAGGAAGGGACGGACGAUUUACUGGGAGACUUCAGCAUGAACUACUCGCCUCCCGCCGGCAGUAACGGCAGCAGCUUGGAGCCGUUCAGCUCAGGGAACCUCAGCCUGUCGCUGGUGGAUAAGGACUUGGACUCGUACAGCGAAGGCAGCUCAGGGUCACACUUUGAAUUCCCGGACUAUUGCACCCCCGAGCUCAGCGAAAUGAUCGCCGGUGACUGGCUGGAGGCUAACUUCUCCGAUCUCGUCUUUACGUACUGAUUUUUUUUUUUAAUUUUGAUUUUGUUUUCCGUUUUUAAAAAAGAAAGACUCGAUUGUUUUAUAUUAACAGAAAUGCCACCGUAAUAAGACUGGCCAGGUCCGAUCUGCUGUUCGUGGGAUCUUUUUCUUCCCGUGUGUGGUGUGGGUGGGAGGGUGGAUGUGGCUAUAAAGAGGCACAAAACCAGUGGAAAACGUACAAACUUCGUGAUUGGAAAUAUUAAAAGAAAACUAUGUGGAAAAGAUACACAAAAAAAAAACAAAACUGAUGGGAAAUCGUGGGCUGGACUUCUGCACAACCCUUUUGGCGGCAAACCUUUAUCAGUUUUCCAAAUCCUCCACUUAAAGGGACCACUACCCGAGAGAACUUGAGAGUUAGAGCUGUGAACACUUCUGCAGAGUUAAUGAACAAGAGGAGAGAAAUCCAGGCUUGUACAUGAACAAUUUGUCUUAAGCCAAGAUGCUGACGUUAAUUUGAUGCGUUGUACUGUUUUAUCCGUGUGUUGUAUAUGCCAAUAAGACUGUUUAUGCUCUAUUAUUUUUUGUUCCCUCAAUACCUCUUUUUAUCACUUAACACAGGCAGUAUAGACCUCAGAAUAUAGAUUUUUUUAUACAUGCAGACCUCAAGACUUUUUAAAACUAAGAAAAAGAAUACUAAAUAUUUUCACUUGUAUUUUUCUACAGCUAAAGGGAACCUGCUCGCUGUGAUUGUCCAGUGAGAAUUUCUGGCACUUCCUUUAUUUUGUUUUUUUUUUCUCUUUAUUUUCCCCUCUCCCCGUUUAGCAUGCGAACGUUGGUACAGUCCUGCUUUAAGGAUUCAAAAACUUUUUUGGGAGAACAAAAUCCUUACAUCAAUGCCUUGUGAUUUUAAAUCUGCAAGUGCUCAGUCUUUUGUACAGUUGUAGAUUUAGAUUUGUUGAAUAUUUGUAGGUAAGAGGAAAAUUUAUUGAAACGACGUGAGAUAGAAGCUGAAUUGUUUUAGUGAGACUACAUGUACUGUAUAUUAUACUGUAGGAAUCUUGUGUAAUCAUACGCUGUUUAAUGUGGGAUAAGUCCCGAUGACAGGUGUGAAACUGGAGAAUUUUUAACACGGCACAUGUGAAAUUUUAAUACAUUUCUGUGCAAUAUGAACUACAGAUCAUCUGCACAUUAUUUUGUCGCAAACUUAUGAACUAAAACAGACGUGUGCACUGUAAUCAUCGCCUGUCUUGAUGCUAAGAGUCUGUAUCUGGGAGGAGGGGGGUAAAAUAAAGAAAUCAGCUGGAACUGAUAGUAACAGAGAAAUUGUCAUGCAUUUAAAUGGAAUGUUUAAGCCUAUCCACUCACUUAAAAACCUGCAGGGUUUUGGGAGGAGGGAGCAGGGAAACCUGCUUGUGCAACCUCCGCCCAUAAAAAAAGAUGGCAAUAAA